CUUAACCUGGAGUUCUUAACCGUAGGUGGAUUUCAGGGGAAGCUUGAAACUGAAUGGGGGGCACAAUGACAUCUUUAUUUUCCACUAACUUCUAACUGCAAUGUAGCAUUUCCUUAAUUUAUUAACGUAGGCAAUGAAUGUGAUCCUGGAGUCCCAGAAGCUUCACCAGACUGCCAAAGGGGUCCAUGACACAAACAAAGGUUAAGAACUGUUGGUCAGGGUCAGGUUCCAGGAAGGACAAAAAUUAGAAGAGCGACUGCUGGAGAAAAUCCCGAAAGCGGCGGUGCCCUGGGAAGGGUCAGGGAGGUGUAAGAGGGAAAAGGGAGGGACAGAGAGGAGUCAAGAUCAUGAAGCUUUGAAGAGCUGAAAGGAAAUAUGAAAGGAAAGUCACUGUUCUCCAUGCGUGUGAAGACAAGUCCCAGGAGAAGGAAGCUGGCUGCAGGUGGAGAGAGCCCUGGAGGCUGGAAUCUCGGUUAAGUGGGGAUUGCUCUGUUUUCUCUACUGGGAGGAGAAGAAGGAGACUAGGAGAGACGCGGCAAGUCUCCAGUACGGCAGGACUUCCCAGCCCUGCGCAUCACACCAACCUAAGGAGAAACCCGGAUUGCCUUGACGCGAUGAGAGUUCAGCUUGAGUCUCAGAAGUCCUGGAUUGAAGAAGUCUUCGAAAAAAGGGAAUGUACCCGAAUUAUACCCAGCUCUAAAGAUCCUCACAGGUGCUACUGUGGAAGAUUGAUUGGAGACCAUCAUGGGAUAGCAUAUCAAGGGGCUGCCUCUUCAACUAUGGGGAGCCAAGAAGAAGAAUGGUCUGUGGAAAAACACACAAAGAAAAGUCCUACUGACACCUUUGGCACUAUUAACUUCCAGGAUGGAGAACAUACCUACCAUGCCAAGUAUAUACGAACAUCUUAUGACACAAAUUUGGAGCAGCUAUUACAUCUCAUGUUGAAAGAAUGGAAAAUGGAACUACCAAAGCUUGUGAUCUCUGUUCAUGGGGGCAUUCAGAACUUUGUGAUUCCCCGCAAACUGGAGCAGGUUUUCAGUCGAGGGCUGAUCAAAGCUGCAGAGACAACAAAAGCAUGGAUAAUAACUGAAGGAAUCAAUACAGGAGUCUCCAAGCAUGUUGGGGCUGCCCUCAAAGCACAUUCCUCUCAAUGCCUCAGAAAAAUAUGGACGGUUGGAAUUCCUCCUUGGGGAAUCAUUGAGAACCAGAGGGAUCUUAUUGGAAAAGAUGUAGUCUGCCGGUACCAGACGCUGGGCAAUCCCCUUAGCAAGCUGACCACCCUCAACAGCAUGCACUCAUAUUUCAUUCUGUCAGAUGAUGGUACUGUGGGGAAAUAUGGAAAUGAAAUGAGGCUGAGGAGGAACCUAGAAAAAUACCUGUCAUUGCAAAAAAUACAUUCCGGAAUGGGCCAAGGUGUACCAGUGGUGGGUCUGGUGGUGGAAGGAGGCCCUAAUGUGAUCCUCAUGGUGUGGGAGUUUGUCAGAGUAAGCUCCCCAGUUCCCGUGGUGGUUUGUGAGGGCACAGGCAGAGCUGCUGAUGUCUUGGCCUUCACUUACAAACACACAGCUGAUGACGGGGAACUCCGCCCUUUGGUGAAGGAAGAGAUCAUUCAUAUGAUUCAAAGCACUUUCAGUUUUGGUCCUAAACAGUCCAAUCACCUUUUAAAAAUUCUGUUGGAGUGUAUGGAGCAUAGAGAGUUUAUCACCAUAUUUGAUGCUGAUUCAGAAGAGCACCAAGAACUUGAUUUAGCAAUCCUGACAGCCCUGCUUAAAGGUACAAAUUUGUCAGCCUCAGAACAAUUAAACCUAGCAAUGGACUGGAACAGGGUGGAUAUUGCUAAGAAGCAGAUUCUUGUUUAUGGACAACACUGGAAGCCUGACUCUUUGGAACAAGCCAUGAUGGAUGCUUUAGUGAUGGAUCGGGUGGAUUUUGUGAAGCUCUUAAUAGAAUAUGGAAUGAACCUGCAUCGCUUUCUUACUAUCUCCCGACUAGAAGAACUCUACAAUACAAAACAAGGACCAAGCAACAUGCUCUUGCAUCAUCUUGUUCGUGAUGUAAAACAGAGCCAUACUCCUUCAGACUACAGAAUCACACUGAUUGAUAUUGGAUUAGUGAUAGAGUACCUAAUUGGUGGAGCAUAUCGGAGCAGCUACACAAGGAAGACUUUCAGAGCCCUGUACAAUAACCUCUAUGGGAAACAAAAGAGAGUGAGCAGCCUUGUCCAGAACUUUUCUCAUCCUUCCCUUCGACGGAUCAGUCAUUCAGUUCUUUCAGGAAGCUGGGGUGGAUCUGCUGAAAAUGCUUUGCAUUCCCAGUUCAUUAGAACAGCACAACCGUACAAACUCAAGGACAAGUCAGUAAGCCUUCAUAAAACAAGAAAGAAGUCAAAGGAAGGGCAAAAUUUACCAGAAGACCCAGAUUCUGCUGGCUUUAUUUACCCUUAUAAUGACUUGCUGGUUUGGGCAGUGUUGAUGCAAAGACAGAAGAUGGCCAUGUUCUUCUGGCAGCAUGGAGAGGAGGCCAUGGUUAAGGCAGUGGUUGCCUGCAAACUGUACCAGGCAAUGGCACAGGAAGCCGAGGAGAGCAACAUACUGGAUGGAACCUCAGAAGAAUUAAACAAUUACUCAAAAGAGUUUGGUCAGCUUGCUCUGGAUAUAUUGGAAAAAGCAUUUAAGAAGAAUGAGAGAAUGGCCAUGAAGCUGUUGACCUAUGAACUGAAAAACUGGAGUAAUUCCACUUGCUUGAAACUGGCUGUGUCUGUGGGUCUACGACCUUUUGUUUGUCACACUUGUACUCAGAUGUUACUGACUGAUAUGUGGAUGGGAUGCCUGAAAAUGACAAAAAACUCAUCAAUAAAGGUCAUCAUAAGUAUCAUUUUACCCCCCACCAUACUGAUGUUAGAAUUCAAAAGCAAGGCAGAAAUGUCGCAUGUUCCUCAGUCACAGGACUCCCAGUUUACACGGCAUAAUGGUGACCAGAGUUCCAACAGUACCAAAGAAAAUAUCUCAGUGGAGGAUUAUGAUUUUGAAAAGGGAUCUUAUGAGACACCUGAUGAUAGGCAGAACUUUGCCUCACAUCGUGGGCCCCAAAGCCUUCCUAGUACCAGAAAAGUCUACGAAUUCUACAACGCUCCAAUUGUCAAGUUCUGGUUUUACACGAUGACAUACUUGGCAUUUCUCAUGCUCUUCACGUAUACUGUAUUGGUGGAGAUGCAGCCUCGGCCCACAGUGCAAGAGUGGCUUGUUAUUAUCUAUAUUUUUACCACUGCCAUUGAGAAAGUCAGGGAGAUAUUUAUUUCAGAACCAGGGAAGUUCAUCCAAAAGGUGAAGGUGUGGAUUAAUGAAUACUGGAAUUUAAUAGAAACUAUUGCCAUCAGCUUGUUUACAAUUGGUUUUGGCCUUCGAUGGGCUGAUCCUCCCACACAAACAGCUGGAAGGUUAAUUUACUGCAUAGAUAUCAUAUUCUGGUACUCACGACUCUUGGACUUCCUUGCUGUGAAUCAACAUGCUGGUCCAUAUUUAACCAUGAUUGGAAAGAUGACAGCAAAUAUGUUCUACAUUGUGAUCAUGAUGGCCAUAGUGAUCUUGAGCUUUGGAGUGGCACGAAAAGCAAUUCUUUCUCCGCAUGAGUCCCCAUCUUGGACAAUGGCUCGUGAUAUUGUAUUUCAGCCAUACUGGAUGAUGUUUGGGGAAGUCUAUGCUUCAGAGAUAGAUGUUUGUGAAAGCGAUGAAAACUGCCCUCCUGGUUCCUUCAUUACUCCAUUCCUUCAAGCUGUCUAUCUCUUUGUCCAGUAUAUCAUCAUGGUGAAUCUACUGAUUGCUUUCUUCAACAAUGUUUACUAUCAGAUGAAGACCAUUUCAGAUAAACUGUGGAAAUAUAAUCGCUACCGCUACAUCAUGACUUAUCAUGAGAAACCAUGGCUACCUCCGCCUUUCAUCUUAUUGAGCCAUAUCAGCCUUCUAUUCCGUUGCCUCUGCCAUCCCCGAACCCCGAAUGAACUGGAUCAAGAAGGGGACGUUGGAUUAAAACUCUACCUAAGUGAGGAAGAACUCAAGAAGCUUCAUAGUUUUGAGGAACAACGUGUGAAAGAAUACUUCAGUGAGAAGACAGAGAGCCUGAAUUCCAGUGGUGGGGAGAGGAUACGAGUGACCUCUGAAAGGGUUACAGAAGCGGAUUUCCAACUUAAAGAAGUGAAUGAGAGAGUGUCCUCCAUAAAGGAGUCUUUGCUCUCUCUGGACAGCCAUGUGGGACACCUGCAGGAUCUCUCUGCCCUGACUGUAGAUACAUUGAAAGUACUUUCGGCUGUUGACACCCUGAAACUGGAAGAAGCCCUGUUGGUCUGCUCAAAACAUGCUGCUUAUAGAAAACUCCCCCACAGUCGGAGCAAUGUCAUCUGCUCAGGGAUGCUGAACAACUUGGAAAACUCUGGGGAGAUGAACUGUCAGAAUUACAGCAUGCCCCUGUCCUUGUUUCAGAGCCGGAUGAGAAGCUACCACCUUUCUGGAAGGCGAAAGAGUUCCCUUGUAGGGAUCAUGGACAGUCAAGAAGAAAAGGACCAGGAAAAGAAAGGAACACCAAAUGGUCCAGUUACUGUGUUUCUUGACAGCAAAUCUCCUCCUAACCUUAGUCAGUUUCUCUUGGUUUCUCCCAGUCCAGCAAAGACUUCUCUUUCGGCAGAAGCUGACAUGGCUAUAUCUCCUCCAAAACCUGCAGCUGAGCCUGGGUUGGGUUGGUUGGCAGUCGAAUCACAUGCCAGUCAGGAGGUUUGUCCUUUUCGUAUGAAUUGUCAGACGUCAUCUGCUGUUGAGAAAGAGUCAGUUGAAGAUGCCCAUGAACAGUCUAAUCUUGCCAUGAAUAGAUCAAUGAGAAAAAACAAUGGAAAUCACCUUCUGCUGACUAGCUGUUCUAUCCCUCAAUCGGUGAAAAUGACCUCACUUCCUUGCCAGACACACAGUUUGAGAGCAGGAGGUGGCUAUGUGAAUUGGGCAUUUUCAGAAGGGGAUGUUGCGACCUCACUUCCUUGCCAGACAGACAGUUUGAGAGCAGGAGGUGGCUAUGUGAAUUGGGCAUUUUCAGAAGGGGAUGAUGAAACUGGUGUGCUUAGCACAAAGAAAAUAUGGCUUUCACAGUUGCCCUCCAAGUGUAAGUUGGACUGUUCAGGCAGCGGUCACUGCCAAGUCUUGAUGGGGACAACCAGUUCCCUUAACCACAACUCAGCAAGGUCAUUCCAGUCCAGUAAAAGUUCAAAUUCAGAGUCAUCGUUCCAGCCCAACAUAUGCAUUUGGAACAGUCCCCUACAUAGAGAUUGGACCUUUCUCCAAAAUGGCAGCUUUAGAUCUCAUAAGGAGAAGAAAUUGAUGGAGACCUGCAAAAGCAAAGAUUUUUCAAGACUCUCAGAGAGGUCCCAGUCAGUGUGGGCCAAAGCAAAAUUUCUAAGUAAGGAAAGGAAAUUGUCAAAAGAAAAGAAAAAACUGCAGCCAUUUCAAGUUCCGGUGAUAACAGUGAAUACCUGUGGUACACAGCUGAAUUCAGAACCAGCAGAGAAAACGUUCUCAGGGGAAGAAAAAGAGGAUGAUAAAAACCAGCUUACCACCUCCGAAGGUAGUCAGAUAACACCACAUAUAUACCAGAAAAUGAAAACUCAGAAAACUGACAGACAUGCCGUGGGCACCAGUGACUACCUGAAGCAACCCCAUGAGGAUUUGAGCAGAAAUGCUCUCUGCAUCACUUGGAACACCAGUCAGAAGAGGAACUCACUGUCGAGAAGUUUAGAAGGAAUUGACAUUUCAGAAAUCUCAGCCUCUUUAAAAACUCCUCAAGAUCUGCACUAUUAUUAUUCAGCUGUUGAAAGGAACAAUUUAAUGAGGCUUUCUCAAACCAUACCAUUUACCCCGAUACAACUGUUAGCUGGAGAAGAAGUGACCAUCUACAAACUAGAGGAGAGUUCUCCUUUGAACCUUGACAAAAGCAUGUCCUCCUGGUCCCAGUGUGGAACAACUGCAAUGAUCCAGGUCUUAUCCCAGGAGGAGAUGGAUGGAGGGCUCCGGAAAGCCAUGAAAGUAAUCAGUACAUGGUCUGAAGAUGAUGUGAUCAAGCCAGGGCAGGUCUUUAUUGUCAAGUCCUUUCUUCCUGAGGUGAUACAGACCUGGCACAAGAUUUUUGGAGAAAACACUGUACUGCAUCUCUGCCUCAGGGAGAUCCAACAACAAAGAGCUGCUCAAAAGCUGAUCUAUACCUUCAACCAAAUGAAACCACAUACUAUUCCUUAUACACCAAGGUUCCUGGAGGUCUUUUUAAUAUAUUGCCAUUCAGCCAAACAGUGGUUGACCAUAGAGAAGUACAUGACUGGUGAGUUUCGCAAGUACAACAACAACAAUGGGGAUGAAAUCUCUCCCAGCAACAUCUUGGAGGAGCUGCUGUUGUCUUUUUCCCACUGGACUUACGAAUAUACCCGAGGAGAGCUGCUUGUUCUGGAUUUGCAAGGUGUUGGAGAAAAUCUGACAGAUCCAUCUGUUAUUAAACCUGAAGACAAACAAUCAAGAGGGAUGGUGUUUGGACCGGCAAAUUUAGGGGAAGAUGCAAUUAGAAACUUCAUUGCAAAGCAUCGCUGCAAUUCCUGUUGUAGGAAGCUCAAACUCCUGGAUCUCAAAAGGAAUGACUACAGCCCUGGGAGAAUCAAUUCUACCUUUAAUCUCCAAAGAGAAAUAGAAUCAGCUAACGGGACUGUGAGAGAAGAGGGUGCUGGUGACCCCAGAGAAUAUCUCACACGCUUGUAAUGGAAAAGAAUGGGGAAGAGGAUCACUGCUGGUCCUCUGAACCCUUGUGCAAGUGCGAUGUUAGAUAACUUUGAUACUUGUGUGUAUUCUGUUGCACCUUAAGCCCUGACGCUAGGACUUGGCUUCUCAGAUGUAUAUUUCUUAUCUAUGCCAACAACCCGGUGGAUGCUUGAAGUAUGGGCUCCUAUGGUUCUUCACUCUCUGUGCAUUCAUAUUUUCCAUGUAUUCUUAAUUCUAAUGUCUGCAAAAAGACAAUUGCAAGUCAUCUUGAAUAUAGUUCAUGUAUACCUCUGUUCCUUUGCUGGUCACUUGGAACCUUUAUAGUCAAAUGGUAGAUAGCCAAGAACCAAUGGGCUUCAUUUAGCUAAUUAUCUUUCUUUUUUUUUUUUAAGACCAGAUAUACUAUUACUUAAAAGUUCCCUUUAUUAUAUUGAAUUCAAUAUACUUUUCUAGACAUUUGUAGUUUUUCCAGGAAUUAUUUGGUUAUGAUCAUGUCAUCUGUUUACAAACAUAAUAUACAUUUUAUAGAAUAAGAUUCUAUACUUUCUGCAAUGCAAAAAACCCCAGGCAAAUUUCCUAGUUAUGGUGUAUGUGCUUACUAUCAAACUGCCAAACUUCAAUCUAAUUUAGGUUAUUUUUGAAAACUAAAAUAUGCAAAUAGCGCCAAUACCUUUUAUAAAAGUAUGAAACUAAUUUAUCAAGAGGAAACGUAGUUAUCAUUUUUGUUAUUCUUGUUCAGGAAAGAAAACAUCCUCAAGAUGCCAAAUACAUAACAAUGAUAAAAGAUUAUACAAAUGUGUACUGUUUACAUAUUUAACUUUUGAUUUCAGCAACCACUUCAUUUAAUUUAUAGCCGGAGUCUUAUAUACAUGCUCUAAGUUUUCUGUCUUUUUGGUACUAUUGCCAGACUUGAUACUUAAUGCUCUCAGAUAAAUACUUAGUAUAAAAUUUGACAAAGGAAGAAAACCUUUUCUUUAGCACUAUGGAUAUUGCCUAUAUUUAUAAAAAAAAUUCAUGUGUAUGCUGUAAAUUUUAUUUCCUAUUGUGAGCCAACUUUUAUAUUUCAGUUUAAGAUCUGUUAAUCAAACCAACAGUAUGACAUUUGCCUAAUUUACAGUUUAAUUAACAAGAUUAUGUUAGACUAGUCAAAGUAGAAUCUUCUAAACAAUUUUUAGAGCAAAAAUUGUCAGGGCACUUCAUCUAGCAUUCUUCAUAAAUACAGUUUUUUCCAAAGCAUAAGUUAUUUUGGUUGGAUGACCUGUAGCAGUGCCCUAUUUAUUGUCUUUCUAACUAGUAAACAGGUUAAUUUACAGAGGCUUAGAAAGCUAAGACUGGACACAGUAGACUUGAUUGGCUCUUACUUACAAUGCAUACUAUGACAUCACAUAUUUAAGAAGUUUUCUGUAUUCAGCUUAGAAGAUGUUUCUUGCCAAGAAAUUGAACUUUUCUGUCAAAUGCACUUGAGAAUGUGAAUUUGGGUCAUAAAAUGGUUUCACUGCAAACUUUAUAUAUAAAUCAAAGGCAUCACUAAAGGAAUUCUUUAUUCCAUCUUCUUGUCUUACAUCAUGAAGCAUAAUAAAUCUCAUAUGGCCUACAGUAACAAAAGCAGAAACAAACCACUCAUUGAAUUUGUCCACAAUAUUCAGGUACACAUUGUUAGACAGCCACUAUUUUCAUCUGCUAGGUCAAGGGCAACAUGAGCCAUGAACUGGUUCGGAUGAUGAUGAUCAUACUGUGGGCAUGAUGUGGCACCUGCACCAAUUGCACCGGCCACCCUCCUUACUCAGACAGUCAUUUUCUUAAGUAAGUGUUCUCCACACCACUGCUCAUCAUCAUCAUGAACAGCUAUUGUAUUUGAGUAAAGAAAGCAGUUCUCUGAGCAUUAACUCCUUCUCCCUCCUGUCCAGAACACAGGGGAGAGAGAGAGAGAGAGAGAGAGAGAGAGAGAGAGAGAGAGAGAGAGAGAGAG